AUGACAGGAUUUAUAGAAACUCAGAGAGAAGCGUUAGAAGAGCUCAAUAUCAUAGAAGAAUCAAUAACUAAAAGAUUCCAAAGAGAUCCGCAUUUAUUACCAGCAUCACUUCGUCCCAAGCUUGAUAUCAUCUCCAAAACAAAACCGAAAAGAAGACAAACUUUACACUUAUCAUUAUUACAGCAAUGGGAGUUAAGAGCAUUUAUUGAUAAAUAUGAAAAGAACUGUAAGUCAUUAUCCUUUUGCCUCGAGUCAGAGAAAGAGUUAUUUCAACAGGAAUUAUCAAAGUUGAAGGAGGGUCCUAAUCAAUUUUCCAAGUUUGAUAAAUUGAUAGAAGAGAUGGGGAAUAAGAAUAACUCAGAGACCAGUUCAGAAGAUAUGCGAAGAUUAUAUGCAAGUUAUUCAAGCGCCACGCUCAACAAGAAUACGUAUCCUUCUACUGACUUUAAAAUAAAGGUUAAUAAAACAACAGGGAAAGAAAAAGAAAUGACAAAGAGAAAGCAUGUAUUAAGCUCGGUAUGUUCUCAUUUGACUUCAUCAGUGACUACAGAAGGGUAUCUCAAUUUAUCAGCAUUGCACCAACAGUACAAUUCUAAUGUCACAGUUGAACAAGUUUCCUAUAUUCAAUACUUGCAUACAUUUCACACCUUAACGAGUAGUUAUAAGAACAGAGAGUACUCCAACUACAUUAAGGAUCUUUCAGACGAAUUGCUUAACUCAUGGAAGACUCUACAUCCAUUAACUGAUAUAAAUACGACAUACGCGUCAUGGAAGAGGGAAUUUGAAGAAAAUUCUUCAACCGGUGUCAGUAAGGAGAAUGAAACAGGUGAAGUAUUCUGUCAUGUAUGUAACAAGUUAUUCGCCAAACAGACAGUCUACAAUGGACAUCUAAAUGGAAAGAAGCAUAAAUCCAAUCUCCGCAAACUCCAAGCCCCGCCCUCCAGUUCAAGUCAAACACACGACCACUUGUCACCUGCAUGGGACGAAUUUGUAAUCUCUAAAUUAGUAUUCAUACUCCAACCGGAACUAGAAAGAACCAGAGUACAUGAAGAAAAACUUGCAAAUAGUUCAGAAAGAGAACUAAUAAUGGACCGUAAAGAAAAUGAAGAAAUCGAAUCAGAUUAUACGUGUAUAAGUGAGAACUCGGACUUAUCAGACCAAAACAACUCAGAUGAAGACGAGGGAUACGAAGGGUUUAAGAAUUUACCAUUGGGACCUGAUGGGACACCAAUUCCGUUCUGGUUAUAUAAACUCCAAGGACUUCACAAGACCUAUAAUUGUGAAAUCUGUGGGAAUGUGACAUAUAAAGGAAAACAACCUUUCUUCAAGCAUUUCAAUGGUGUCAAACAUCAGUAUGGAUUGAAAUGUUUAGGUGUUGAGGAAGAGUAUAUUAAGUUGUUUAAAAAUAUAGUUUCAAUCGAUGAGGCUAAGGAGUUGUGGAUGAGGUUUAAGAAAGAAAAGAGGAGUCGGGAUGGUGAAUUGGAGAAUGCAGUGGAAGUAGAGGAUGAUGAGGGUAAUGUUAUGAGCGAGAAGGAUUAUCUAGAUUUGAAACGACAAGGUCUUUUAUAG